AUGUAUGCCACCGUGACCAAUCCAUUGCUUCCAUCAGCAGAUGAAAAAUCAUCCUUACGUCGAUCUUUUUCUACUAAUAUGGCACAGAAAUGGACUGACUCUAAAAUGCGUCAAAUGUUAAUCUCAAAGAAAACUAAACGGAUUGUACCAUCACCUACAAAAAUCCUUAAUCUGGAGUCAUCUAAAGAAAAACUAUCACAACAAAAACCAAUACCACUUUCACCCAAAACAUCAUCCUUACAUACCAUCACUGAACAUCAAUCAUCGCAGAAAGCACCAUCUGUUCAUUAUAAUGGUUCAUUGGAUACACUUGACCAAUUUUCUGAUGAAACCCUGGAUUGGUUAUAUGAACCAUCUUCUGUUGAAAAACAUUUAUCACCUUGGCCAACUCCUCAAUCCAUCGUUUUACGUAAACCAUACACCAAAUUUCAAAAUUAUAAUUUGAUGAAUAAUCCAUUAGCUAUGGUCUAUCUAAGAGUGAUUGAUAUUGUUAGAUCCACUUCUGCAAAAGCAUUGACAUAUUAUUGUACCAUCCAGAUCCAUGAUCAAAUAAGCACUGGUGAACUUGUCUCCAGUACCAAAUAUGGUAAACAAAGUAGUCAAGCCGACAUUGAUGAAGUAUAUCUCUUAGAUUUAGUACGUCCAACAAUAAUCACACUUCGACUCUAUACCAAAACCAAAACAAAUAUACUAAGUAGUGGAAGAAAACGAUCUAGUGAAAUCUGCAUUGGACAAAAAGAAUUUCAAUUGAUGCUUCAUCCUAUUGAAAAGCAAGUGAAUCGAAUCACGUUUGAACAUGAAGAAGAUACAUAUCAAGUCACACUGAUAUAUGGUACCUUUAUGAAUGCUCGUGCACAAGCACUUGUGGCUAAUCGUGCUUUACAUGCCGAUUUUCUUACAGUUUAUUUGAGAGGUGGUAGUAUUCCGAGAUGGCAGCGUUACUGGGCUGUAUUACAUGCGACACAUCUAUCACUAUAUGACUUUGAAUAUAAGGAAACAAAGGCAGCGCAAGUAGUGUUACCAUUACACGGAUUGGAUAAUAUAUUCCAUCCAUCAAACACAGAUGAUGAUGAACAAACAGUAGAUGUGGGAAGAUUAGGUUUAGCUUUACAGUUUUCAAAACAUCAAGAUGAUCAAAAAAUGCCUCCAACAGAAAACAGAAUGUAUAUUUUACCUGAUGAUAUUGAUUCGGUGCAAGAAUUUCGUCCUAGAUCAUAUAAAAUGAAUAAGGAAACAGCCUAUUCUAUUCCAUCUAAAUUUUUAUGGUAG